CGCCGCCGCCGCUUGGGCCGCCACCAGCGCUGCCGUGCUGCAGCCGAGGGCACCCGGGCCUCCGCCCCCUCCGCGUCCUCGGGCUCAUUCCAGCAGCCUGUUAAAACAUGGUGGAUUACUAUGAAGUCCUGGGCGUGCAGAGACAUGCCUCGGCUGAGGAUAUUAAAAAGGCAUACCGGAAACUGGCAUUGAAGUGGCACCCAGAUAAAAAUCCUGAGAAUAAAGAAGAAGCGAGGAGGAAAUUCAAACAAGUAGCUGAAGCGUAUGAGGUGUUAUCAGAUGCUAAAAAACGGGACAUCUAUGACAGAUAUGGCAAAGAAGGAUUGAAUGGCGGAGGUGGAGGCGGGGGCCACUUUGACGGUCCGUUCGAGUAUGGCUUCACAUUCCGCAACCCAGAAGACGUCUUCAGGGAAUUUUUUGGCGCAACGGACCCGCUUCCAUUUGACUUCUUUGAAGACUCAUUUGAAGAAUUUUUUGGGAAUCGAAGGGCUCACCGCGGAAGCAGGAACCGAGGGACAGGGCCAUUUUUCUCUGCCUUCAGUGGAUUUCCGCCUUUUGGAGGAGGAUUUCCUUCUUUUGAUACAGGAUUUACUUCCUUCGGUUCACUAGGUCACGGGGGCCUCACCUCAUUCUCCUCCACGGCAUUUGGUGGUAGUGGGAUGGGCAACUUCAAGUCAGUGUCAACUUCUACUAAAAUGGUUAAUGGCAGAAAAAUCACCACAAAGAGGAUUGUCGAGAAUGGUCAAGAAAGAGUUGAAGUUGAAGAAAACGGCCAGUUAAAGUCCUUGACGAUAAAUGGUAAGGAGCAGCCGCUGCGCUUGGAUAACAAGUAGCUCAACGCACACGUGUAGCAGAAUUUUAACUCUUAACAAGCAUCAUUUGAGGAUUGACAGGAGCUUUUUUUUUUGAAGAUUUCAGACGAACUCGACUUUGAUUAUAACUGUACCUAAUCUAAAGUAUUUAUACGCAGCUCAUCGGAGCCCUGUUUGUCAUAGACUUUUGAGUUUAUUGUUGGGACCACAUAAUAGGACCAUUUUUUUGUCUUUAAAACUGUUGUAAAUCUCUGUACGCACUUUGCUUUUUUAUUAAACGUAAUCUGAGGUGGCCGUGACUUUCGUACACUAACACCAGCACGGACCUGCUUUUCCAUUGUGUUUGAAACGUGAGCCACGUAGUGUCAGCCUGCUGUGAAGUUAACAUUGCCGGGAUGAAUCCUCCACAAAAAUAAUUGCAGUUUUCCUCAGUAUUUAGUAGUGAAAGAUAUUAAUGGUAAUACAUUUCUCGUUUAGUAUAAAUUGAGGAUGUUUUCUAGUUGUGCAUGAAUGCUGGCAAGUUAGUAAGUUUUGACAAUUGUUUAAAUAUGUAAUGUUAAGCUUGGGUUUAAAAAAGUAAAGCUGGUAAACUGGGUCUUUGUCAUUUGCUUAAAAAAAAAAGAAAAUAAACGCGAAUGUGUUUGGUGCAUUC